AUGGCUACUCUCAAGGUUCCCGCCCGGCUUCCCGAGCUCAUCAAAGUCACUUUUGCCAAGGCCCUCUCCAACGGCGACCUCUUUUACUUUGCCACGCACGCCCAAGAUGUGCGCGUAGGCGCUCUCACCUUUCAAUUGCGCUUCUCGCCCGCUCUCGCCAACAAGCCCAAGGCACCUCCCACAAAGCGCGAAACCGCUGAAACCACGCCAUCCAAGCCCUUUGACCCCUUUGCGUACACCACGCCGCCGCCGCCGCCGCUCUUUGUCGGGGACGUUGGCGCCGCGCACUUUCUCGUGCUCAACAAGUUUGCCAUUGUGCCUGGGCAUUUCAUCCUCGCGACGCGGGUGUACAAGCCGCAGACGGACGUUCUCGAAGCCGACGACCUGCACGCCACGCUCGCCUGUCUGCGCGCGUACCAAGAGGCGGCUUCGCCAGCGCCUUUGUCGUCAUCGUCGUCGUCUGGUGGUGGUGAUGAUGAUGAUGAUGAUGGUGAUGGCGAGGACGGCGCGCUGUUUGCAUUCUUCAACUGUGGAGAGCACUCGGGCGCGAGCCAGCCGCACCGCCAUAUCCAGAUGCUGCCGGUGGCGGCGAUGCGCGAGGGUUUGCCCGCGGACAGCGCCUGGAGGGUGCUGGCGACGCAGCUAAACGGAGGAGGAGGAGGAGGAGGAGGAGUAGCGGCGCCAUUCACGACGUUUUCGCAGAGAAUCACGCUAGACACCUCGCAGGAGGAGCUGCACGCGGCAUAUCUGCGGCUGUAUGCGCAGGCGGUGCGUGCUGUCAAGGGGGAGGAGAGCGAGGUGUCGACGACGGGUGAGGCGGCGAUUAGCUACAACCUGGCCAUGACGAGGGACAGGCUGGUGCUCUGCCCCCGACGCGCAGAGGGCGACGCGGUGCGGGACCCGGACACGGGGCACGUCGUGGGCAAGGUCUCGCUCAACGGCACCAUGCUGGCCGGCACGGCGCUGGUCAAGACCGAGGCGGAAUGGGAGGCCCUCCGCAAGAACCCGCGGGCGCUGACGACGGUGCUCAAGAGCGUGGGCAUCCCGCAGCUGGACUUUGUGGAAGAAAGCAAUAAACUAUGA